AUGCAUACAAGAAUUUACAACAUAUAAAUCUCAGCACAACUUCUUUACGAAGGAUCUAGAUUUCAAGUGGUGCCCAAAAGAUAUGGCAAUGGCUCUAUUACCAUGUUUGAAUCAACUGGGGCAAGAGCUACAAAGGAUCACCACUCCCUUCAAUCUUUUCUUGGUUUCUCUCCUCUCGCUUUCCAUAUUCAUUUUGUUUUCAUUUUCCGGAUCAGGUUCGAAACUCAAGUUACCGCCAUCUCCAACAAGGUUACCACUAAUUGGAAACCUCCACCAGCUAGGCACACUCCCACACCGCUCUCUUGGCAAUCUGUCUAAGAAGUAUGGCCCUCUAAUGCUACUUCACUUGGGCCUAGUUCCAACACUAGUAGUUUCAUCAGCAGAAAUGGCCAAGGAAGUCAUGAAGACCCAUGAUACUGUUUUCUCCAGCCGUCCCAAAACUACAGCUGCAAACAUAUUAGUCUAUGGAUGCCACGACAUCGGCUUUGCUCCUUAUGGGGAGUACUGGAGACAAGUUCGGAAACUUUGUGUUCUUGAACUUCUCAGCCUCAAAAGGGUGCAACAAUUUCAGUAUGCAAGAGAAGAAGAAAUUGGGGAGUUGGUAAACAAGAUAGGAAAAGCGUGCCUCCGCCAGUCUCCUAUUAAUCUAAGUGAGAUGCUGAUAAAAGCCUCCAACAACAUAAUGUCUAGGUGCGUUCUUGGACAGAAUUUUAUAGAAGAAAAUGGAAAUUGGUUUGGAGAGUUGUCAAGAACGUUGAUGGCUCAACUAAUGGUUUUCAGCUUCGGAGAUUUCUUCCCUUCUUUGAGAUGGAUUGACAGUCUUAGAGGACUAACUGCGCGGUUGAAUAAAACCUUUGUCGAAGUAGAUGGAUUCCUUGAUCAGUUAAUUGAAAAGCAUAAGUCAGCAAAUGGAGAAGUUGAUUCCAAGGACUUUGUGGAUAUUCUCCUCCAGCUUCAAAAGGAUAGCAUCCUUGACUUCGAGCUUACUCGAGACAACCUGAAAGCCAUCCUAGUGGACAUGCUCAUUGGGGGAAGUGAUACUAGUUCAACCGCGUUGGAAUGGUUAAUGGCAGAGCUGGUGAGAAAUCCAAAUGUAAUGGCCAAAGUCCAAGAAGAAGUUAGACGGGUGGUGGGAAAAAAGGCAAGGGUGGAUGUGAGUGAUAUCGAACAAAUGGACUACCUAAAAUGUGUCAUCAAAGAAGCUCUAAGACUACAUCCUCCAGCUCCUCUUUUAAUUCCUAGAGAAACAAUUGCAGGUGUGGAAUUGGGAGGUUACUAUAUCCCUGCGAAAACAAGAGUGUUUGUGAAUGCAUUUGCAAUCCAAAGGGACCCUGAAUUCUGGGACAGACCAGAGGAGUUCCUUCCGGAACGAUUUGAGGGCAACUCAGUUGAUUUCAGAGGCCAGGACUUCCAGUUCAUCGCAUUUGGUGGUGGGAGAAGGGGGUGUCCUGGAGUGACCUUUGCGGUUGCUGCAGCUGAAUACGAGCUUGCAAACCUUCUUUAUUGGUUUGAUUGGAAAUUGCCUAGUAGUGGUAGUGCAUUGGCCGAGACCUUGGACAUGACUGAAGUUUACGGUCUCACUGUCCAUAAAAAAGCUCCUCUUCAUGUCGUGCCAUUAUUGUACUCCCCUUGAUCCUCCAUUCAAAGGUCUUAUGCUUUAUAUAUGUUCUUAAUGACUUAAUCUACUAGUUUCAUUGUCCUACCUUUUUAUUCUGUG